AUGUUGACCCUUUUGCUAGAGAACACAGAAUACCGAUCACCGCAAUCGGCGCUUCUGGCCCGUCUGCAUCCAGUUCUGCUGAUGGAAAGCCCGACUUAUGCGCUCUUUCAUGCGGUGGAAGAGGGAAAUGUGGACAGGGUCAAAGCAGCCAUGGAAAAUGGCGGAAAUGCCGACCCCGAUGAUGACAGAAAUGCAUUUCAAGUGCGUCUUUCUGCGGCGAAUAUUGAAAUGGAAAUCCGCUACCAUCACUUUGCUUUGAACAUUUCUGAGAGACAGAAAGACAAGUUCUUCAAAAGAAUCGAGUACAUGGCCCGAGUCGACAAUGACCCAAUUUGGAUACAACGAAUUGAGGCAAUUUCAACCAUCGACGCCAGUGAAGAACAGCAAGAAGAUCUCAUCGAUGGGAUUUACAUGGACCCCGUUUGUAAAUACUUUAUUGACGAACACCCCAAAUUGGUCAACAAAGACACGCUCAUGUUGUUCAAUACCUACGAGUACACCCUCCCGCUUCUCUUUUACACUGUCAAGGAAUUUGACAAGAAGGACCUUUGGAACAGCGUAUUCAAAGCGACGAAAUUGAAAGUUCUCAGCGACCUAUUUUGCGAUACAUUCAUCAAUAAAUGUAUCAACGAGCAAUCGCUAAAAAUCCUCCCGCUGAUGGUCGAAAAUGGCAUCAGCCUUCAUCAAAAAUUCAAGAUCCAGGUCGUCGAGCCAACUGAUUGGAGUCUUUACGACCAAUUUACACAGCGCGUCGUAAAAACGCUCAAUCUUACUGGCUGUCGUAUUUUUCCGUCGAUGGCGAUUAUUCUCAAGAAAAUGCUGGAACUUGGGCUGAGAGUAAAUGAGCCAUUUGCUUCGUUCGAGAUUUUUGAUGAAGGCUGGCCGGCUGAGAACGUUCCCAAAACCCUCUUCAACUACUUGGUUAUGCUCAGAAUGCGCAUAAGGCACAAGUCCGCUGAAAUCUACAACGGCAGCCUGGAAUUCUAUCACAUGAGAAAGCGAGGAUGUUUCGAGCUCGAAAGCAUCGAAAGCCUCAUUGAAAAGAUAGAUGAACUACUCGCCGUUAUUUUCAAAUACCGUCCCCUUCACUUUACGCUCCUCAACAAUGAAAUGCUAUCAGAAUGUCUAGCUAGUUUGAAUCUUCAAGCCAAGAAGGAAAACGUCUGCAAGCUCCGAAGAAUGGACCUUGUUUUAGAACUCGUUCAACGCAGCCAACCUAUUCCUAUUUCACCUGAACAGACCAGUGACACGAAUAAUUCUUAA